AUGUCGUGGCGUGUGUUCGGAUACUUUUGCUGCCUGACGAGCGGCUUCAACUUUAUCGUUUUUCAGGUCAUUACUGCACAUCUGAGCGGGGACAGACAAAACAUUGCUAUACUGCCACAACGGAUACCAACCGCUCACACCGCUUGCAUAGCAUGCAGUAUACUCCACCUAAUCGCAAUGCUCAUCUCCCUGGCAUACCUGCGCGGAUACAUCAAGUUCGAUCCGUUCGCACUUUCGAUGAGGUAUCUGCGCUCUACCGCCGGACUCAGCCCGGUAUCUGGACCUAUGCGAUAUCGUAAGAUCACGGAGAACGAUGCGGCUGUGCCAGAGUGCUCUGAGGAUGUUGAGACAGACAACGAAAGCAACGACUCGAGAUAA